ACAGAGGAAACGCUGGACUAUUAGGCGGAGCAGCAGAGCACUAAGAGUGGAGCAGAUCAUCUCACUAAGGAAAACUUCAAAGAUGACAGAUCAGACAUCUAAAGGCCAAGUGGGCAUCAAGAAGAGGUCCAAAGUACCUGGAGUGAUGAUCACUCAAUUUGUGGAAGAACUUCCAGAAGGAAAAGCUCAUCCAGACUUUACCCGCAAACCCAUCGCUUUGACCAUUCAAGAAGGUAAAUUAGCUAUUUUCAAGGCCAUUGUCAUAGGGGAUCCAGAACCUACUGUCACAUGGACCAGAAAUAAUGGCAUUUUAUCAGACCGACAGAAAUAUCAGACUAAGUUCGAUCCCAUUUCUCGAGAACACACAAUUGAGAUGCCCAAUGUUUCUCCAGAACAAGCUGACACUUACAAGUGUUUUGCAACGAAUGAGUUUGGCAGAGCUUCUGUCACUGUUGUAUUAAAUGUUAUUGAAGUGGGAUACAAGAAAGACAAAGCAAAGAAAGCUGCCAAAUUGGAACCGAAUGAACUCAAAUUUACACUGAAAAGAAAAAGUAAUGUGUGCCCAAAAACUGUACAAAAAAAGGAGGGAGAAAUUGAUCCCAAGUUCUGGGAGAUUUUACUUAGUGCCAAUAAGAAAGAUUAUGAGUGCAUUUGUGCUGAAUAUGGAGUGACUGAUUUCCGGUGGAUGCUGAAGAAACUAAAUGAAAUAAAAAGAGAAAGAGAAGAGCAGCAAGCUGAGUUUGUGAAAAGCAUUUCCAACCUGAAGCACAUUGAAGUGAAAUCCAAUGGCACAGCAUUAUUUGAAGUUGAUUUGGACCUUGUAGACCCAAGUAGUAGGAUAUUCAUUUACAAGGAUGGAGAAAUGAUUGAGUACUCCAAAGACAUUGAGAUGAAACACAGCCUAAAACAAGUGGGCAGGAAGUAUAUGUUUACUAUUAGGGACCUCCUCCCUGAUGAUGCUGGCUUUUAUCAGUUAGAUGUUGAGAAUGUGACCAUGUUCUCCACUGACCUUAAGAUUCCAAAGGUGGAAUUCCUUGUAAAGAUUCAGGAGGUUAUAGCUAUGGAGAGAGAAGAUGCAGUGUUUGAGUGUGUUCUAUCUAAUCCCUUCUCAAAAAUUCUAUGGGUGGGGAAAAAUGUCCCUCUGGAACAGGGAGAAAAAUAUGACAUAACAGUUUCAGAAGACAAGCUGAUUCACCGACUGGUGGUUAAAGACUGCAUGCUGGUGGAUAAAGGCAUAUAUGCUGCUGUGGCAGGUAUCAAGUCCUGUAAUGCCUGGCUGGUAGUGGAGGCUGAUAAUGAUCCAAACCUCCAUGGCAAAAAGAAAGCGCGAAAAACAACGCAGGCAGGAGGAUCAGGCCUUAAUCUGACAGAAAUUGCAGCAGAGCAGCGAAACAAGCUGCAGAAAGACAAAGCAGCGAUGAUAUCAGCCACCAAAACAGCUAUUCCAGAGAAAGCAGCAGCAGCUUCUACAGACAGCAACACUUCUGCAUCUGCAUCAGGAUCUGGCACUGGUUCUUUGUCUGAUGGUAGUUCUGCUUUUGAGUCUAGUGCUGGUUCUGUACCUGCUUUUGGACUUGGUGCUAGCCCUGACAUUGGAAGGACAGAUGAUCAAGCUUGCCUGUCCAGCCAACUGUCAGAAGAUAGAGGCCAUGGCAAGCCACCAGAAUUUGUCACUAGACUUAACACUGAUAGAACUAAUGGAGUUUGUUCCAAUGAUGCAGAAAAGCUUCCUUUUGAAGGGAUUAUUUGUAAAGAUGCAGGCACUCCUAAACUGACUAACCAAAAUUGCAAGGACACACACUCAGACAGCCAAGCCACAAUUAUAGCUGGAGAUGCUCCCGAAUUCGACCGUGAUGAAUUGCACAAGUUCUCCAAACCUGUGGUGGUUAAAGUAGGCCAAAAUGCAACCUUUAAGAUGAUGUUCCCCCCACAAGACUCUCUAGAGAUCAAAUGGUUUAAGGAAGGUUCUGAGCUGAUGGAUGGUGGUGGAGUGAAAGUGGUAAAGGAACCAAACCACAGUCGUCUUCAAAUUAAAGACUGUCUGCACUCAGAUGCUGGAGAAAUUAAGAUCCAGCUUAAAAACCUUUCUGGAACUGCUGAGGCCUUAUCCAGGCUGAUUGUGCUUGGCAAGCCCAGCCCACCAAAAGGCCCAGUUGAAGUAUUAGAAUGCACACCUUCUGUAAUCGAACUCAAAUGGAAUCCACCAAGUAAUGAUGGUGGCUCUCCAGUGAAAAAUUACAUAAUUGAGAGGCAGCAAACAGGCCAAAGUAUGUGGAAGAAAUUAGGGGAAGUCUCAGCUGAUCGACUUACUUUUAGGGACAGAAAUGUUUCCCAUGGCAAGAGAUAUAUCUACCGCAUUUAUGCAGAGAACUCUGAGGGUAUCGGAAACUCACUGGAGACAGAUAACAUCAUGGCUGGCACUUUAGUAUUCCCUGACCCUCCAGCUCCUCCUAAAAUUGUCAGUGCUUUCAAGAAUUGCAUUAAUCUAGAGUGGGCUCCUCCAGAGAAGGAUGGAGGAACCAAAAUCCUGGGCUACCACCUGGAGAAACGGAAGAAAGACACAAACCAGUGGGUGGCUUUGAACUCCAUUAAUGAACCCAUUGAAGCAUUGAAAUAUUCUGUGAAGAAUCUGCCUGAAGGAUCAGAGUAUGAGUUUAGAGUGUCAGCCAUUAACACAUCCGGAGCUGGAGAACCCAGUCACCCCUCUUUGAUGGCGUGUGCUAAAAAUCCCAACAUGAAACCCCAGUUCAAGGACACUGAAAAUUUCUUGGUUGUGAGAGCAGGAAACACUGUCAGAAUUGUAGUAAAUUAUCAGGCAUCCCCACUGCCAGAAAUCAGCUGGUCAAAGAAUAAUGAACCUGUGUCUCCAUGGUUCAAAAUUGUCAACGCUGAUGGCAUGUCAGUACUCACCAUACCCAGCUCUAAGCGCUCAGACUCAGGCGUGUACACCAUCACGGCUAAAAACUCUAGUGGGAAGACCAGUUUUGACAUAACGGUCAAAGUAACAGAUGAACCCAAGAAACCAGGCCCAGUGACAUUGGAGCAGCAGGUCGAUGGUAAAGUGAUAAUCACGUGGGCUCCAUCACCAGACCAGGAACUGGAUGAUCGCCUAUACUACAUGGUAGUGGAACAUGACACCAACACUUUAAUAUGGCGCACAAUAGCUAAUCAGCUCUUCUGUACAACCUGCACUGCCAGUGUCCAGUCUGGACAUGAGUAUCAUUUCAGAAUCUAUGCUAAAAAUGACAUGGGACUGUCCGAGCCUUCAGAAUCACCAACAUGGGGUGUUCACAGCAUAAAAGCUUCAUUAUUCACAACUCUGCCAGCCAGGGUCACUUCUGAGAGGCCCCCCUCCAUUUUGGUUCCUCUGAAAGUCCACACUCCACCAAAGGGCUACCAGUGCUACAUGACGUGUGCUGUUCGAGGUUGCCCCACACCCCAUGUUUCUUGGUAUCUGAAUGGCAUCUGCAUCAACUCUAAUAAACAUUAUUACAUCACCAAUGUUCAUGGUGUGUGCUCCAUGUACAUCCUUAGAGUGGAGCUCAAAGAUGCUGGUGAAUAUAAAUUGGUUGCAGUCAACUCACUUGGACAAGCAGAGUGCUCCAGCAAACUUAUAGUUAAAGAUUGAACUGUGGCAUUUUAAUCUGGGGGAACUUCGGUGUGUUAAUAGUGGGAUUAUACACUGUAGAUCACUUAUACUAAUAUUAUAUUAUAAUAUUAUAAUAUUUUAUACUUACACUGUAGAUCACUUACACUUAUACUAUAUAUAUAUAUGAAUAUAUGUAUAUCUGUGUAUAUAUAUAUAUAUAUAUAUAUAUAUAUAAUUUUAAAUUUUUUUUAAGUAUCUACAGUGUAUAACUGUAAGUAUCUACAGUUAAUAACUAGCCUACACUUAUGCAUGUAACAAAAGAGGAUUUUCUGCACAUAUCUUACAGAAUACUGAUAAUGUGCUUCUUGUUGUCAAAAACGACUCACUACAGUGUCUACAGUGACUACAGUUUGGAAGCUAUAUAAAGCUGUUUGUCCACUCCAGUGUUGUGUUUCUUUAACCUUACUACAUGUAAGGCAAUCAUUGGCAUGAAAAGAUGGGUUACAUUUAUAUAUAGGAUUCACCAUAGUAAAAUCCCCUCCAUACAGAUGUGUGCAUUGUGUCGAACCUUUCAAACAAAUAACUUUAAUUCUGAGCUUUGAAAAUGUUGCAGUCUCAUGACUGUUUUUCCUAUAAUAACUGAAAUGCUAAAAAUUUUUCAGACUAAUAUUGACUAAUAUUAAUUAAAACCUGAAUGUUAGUGCCACAUGAGACAGAUAGACUGCAUGAGGUUUACUACCAGGAUAUGAGGCGGCUGAUAUUUCAUGACACACCCAGAAGUGUCUAUGGGACACUAAGUGAAAUAUGGCUGUCAGAUGAAGUUUCACAUUACAUGUUUACCCACACCGUGUCUCUUGGAGUUCAGCUCUUGUGUGUGGAGAUAUAGUGAUUUAUUAUAAGGGGGCUAUCA